UACCAGGCUUCAAAUGCUAGAGCAGGAAGGGGCUCGAAAGGGCCAUCUAGUCCAACCCCUUGUGCCAGGCCGGAAUACCCAAUCAGAGCACCAUCCAGCAUAGGGAGAACUCUGUUUACGAAACUCCAGCUUCUGUUUACGAAACUCCAUCCGCACCCAGGACGGGGGUCCAGCUUGGAGCAUGACCGCUGUGCUUGUCCUUGCAGGUUUGGGGAGGCCGUCAACGGCAACCUGGUGGUGGGCACCCUGGCCUGGCCCUCGCCGUGGGUCAUCGUCUUCGGCUCCUUCUUCUCCACUUGUGGGGCUGGGCUGCAGAGCCUGACCGGGGCCCCCCGCCUGCUGCAGGCCAUCUCCCGGGACGGGAUCGUGCCCUUCCUGCGGGUCUUUGGCCACGGCAAAGCCAACGGGGAACCCACCUGGGCCCUCCUGCUGACCGCCUGCAUCUGCGAAAUCGGGAUCCUCAUUGCCUCCCUGGACGAAGUGGCCCCCAUCCUCUCCAUGUUCUUCCUGAUGUGCUACAUGUUUGUCAACCUGGCCUGCGCCGUGCAGACGCUGCUGAGGACCCCGAACUGGCGCCCACGCUUCCGCUAUUACCACUGGACACUCUCCUUCCUGGGCAUGAGUCUCUGCUUGGCGCUGAUGUUCAUCUGCUCCUGGUACUACGCCAUAGUCGCCAUGGUGAUCGCCGGGCUCAUCUACAAAUACAUCGAAUACCGAGGAGCGGAGAAGGAAUGGGGAGACGGGAUCCGCGGCCUCUCGCUCAGCGCGGCCCGCUAUGCGCUCCUGCGCCUGGAAGAAGGGCAGCCCCACACCAAGAACUGGAGGCCGCAGCUGCUGGUGCUGGUCCGGGUGGAUCAGGACCAGAACGUGGUGCACCCGCAGCUGCUCUCCUUCACCAGCCAGCUCAAGGCCGGCAAGGGGCUGACCAUCGUGGGCUCCGUCCUGGAGGGAACCUUCCUGGACAACCACCCCCAGGUCCAGCGGGCUGAGGAGUCCAUCCGUCGGCUGAUGGAGGCGGAGAAGGUGAAGGGCUUCUGCCAAGUGGUGACCUCCUCCAACGUCCGUGACGGCGUCUCCCACUUGAUCCAGUCCAGUGGCCUGGGUGGCCUCCAGCACAACACCCUCCUGGUUGGCUGGCCACGCAACUGGCGCUCCAAGGAGGACCACCAAACCUGGAGGAACUUCAUUGAACUGGUGCGAGAGACCACCGCGGGGCACAUGGCGCUGCUGGUGGCCAAGAACGUGGCCAUGUUCCCUGCCAACACCGAGCGGUUCUCAGAGGGCCACAUUGAUGUCUGGUGGAUCGUCCAUGACGGAGGGAUGCUGAUGCUGCUCCCCUUCCUUCUGCGGCAGCACAAGGUCUGGCGCAAGUGCAAGAUGCGGCUCUUCACCGUGGCCCAGAUGGACGACAACAGCAUCCAGAUGAAGAAGGACCUGACCACCUUCCUGUACCACUUGCGCAUCACGGCAGAAGUGGAAGUUGUGGAGAUGCACGAGAGCGACAUCUCGGCCUACACUUACGAGAAGACGCUGGUGAUGGAGCAGCGGUCCCAGAUCCUGAAGCAGAUGCACCUCACCAAGACGGAACGGGAGCGAGAGAUCCAGAGCAUCACAGACGAGUCCCGGGGCUCCAUCCGGCGCAAGAACCCCACUAACACGCGCCUCCACCUCAGUGUCCCAGACGAACAGGUGGGCGACAGCGAGGAGAAGCCCGAAGAAGAGGUGCAGCUCAUCCAUGACAAAAACCCCACCAGCAGCUCUCAGUCGCCGGGGGAUGAAACAGAAACAGAAACGGAAGCCGAGGCUGAGGCCGAAGCCGCCCCCGAGAAGGUCCACCUGACGUGGACCCAGGAGAAGGUGGUCGAGAAGAACAAGGCCUCCCAGAGCCCCAUCAGCCCCGAGAGCAUCAAAGACUUCUUCAGCAUGAAGCCAGAGUGGGAGACCUUGAACCAGUCCAACGUGAGGAGGAUGCACACGGCGAUCCGGCUCAACGAGGCCAUCGUCAAGAAGUCCCAGGACGCCAAACUCGUGCUGCUCAACAUGCCGGGACCCCCCCGGAAUCGCAAGGGGGAUGAGAACUAUAUGGAGUUCUUGGAAGUGCUGACUGAGCACCUGGACCGGGUCCUGCUGGUGCGCGGCGGCGGCCGGGAGGUGAUCACCAUUUACUCCUGAGAAGCCCCUCCGUGCCGCUCCCUCGCCUGAAGAGCUGUGCCCUUCCUCGAGCCCCUUCCCCAGCAUCCCCUGCACCCCUCUCCCCGAGAGCAAGGCGGGCACGGCCCCGUCUCCGCCACCUGCUCUCCUUCCUUCCUUCCCUCCUUCCUUCCUUCUUCGGCACCCUUCGAACUGCAGUGCCAGGCGCAUCUGAGCACCAAGGCAACCGCUGCCUCCGCCCCGCAGCAGAAGCACCGCCACCGCUGUGUUGACCCACAGAUUGAUCGGACGCCGACUCUGGACUGACCGCUCGCUGUCGGGCGGACAGAGCCCCGCUGUUGGCAGCUAAGUGAUGCUUCUGGGCCUCCUUCCCGGGGCGGCCGGAGGCGCUGGUUGUGCCGGCCCCUUGUCCCGCUCCCCGCUGCCUGCUUUUCCAUCAACCAUUGCCUUCUGUCGGAUGUACCCCCCUCCCCCCCCAACCUAUCCGUAACCCACCCACCAAGCGAAGGGGAGAGGACACCAGCUACGGCUACCAGCAUGCUUUCCCUGCCGGCGCUGGCCUCUCCCCGCCCCUUGCCCUUUCUCCCCGGGGCCAAGGCGUGGGACCCUCACCCCUUUGUCUGGACUUGGAUGGCGGUGGGUCCGUCCCCUUUGGGGAAGGAGAGUGGGUCUGAGAUGAAGGUACCUGCGGGGGACAGGUGGGCUUGACUUGGCCUCCUCCUUUGGUCCCCUUUGAGUCGCCGGUCCUUUGUGUCCAUGAUAUGGCCAGGCAAGGCCUCGCCGGGGAUGGAUCUGCUUAUGGGUUUGGGUCAUCGGCUGCCCCAGGCCCAGGGAGUACGUCCGCUGCCCAUCUCCCCAAACGCUGCUGGAGAAAGGCCCCGACCUCCAGCUCUCCAGCCACUUUGCACUUUUCCUCUUGCCUGGGCCCCCAUGCCAGGUGUCUGUCCGUUCGUCCGGCCAGCGCUGGGCCACGAGUCGGUGCCCUUUUGGGCCAAUGCCGUCCCUCCUCCGCUGCCGCCGUCCCAGGCUGCUCCAUGCCCCCCUUGCACUUUAGGAUUGGGCUCAGGUGGCAGCGGCCACGAUGCUCGCAGAGCCCACCCACCCACCCCCCCGCCCCAUCAGCGCAAAGCCCUUCUCCGCUUCAUCCCCCCCACCCCCCAAUCCACAAAGGGCUGCAAAGGCUGGUGGGGCUCUGCUUCCCCUCCUCUGCUGCCGCUCCCCUGGCCUCCUCUUUAUACCAAAACGUGUUUGCAUGUGAGGCUAUGGGACCCUGCCCCCCAGCCCACCCCCCAAACCCAUGGCGCUUUGAUCCCGUGUGAAUAGAGACCCCCCUCCUUCCAGGAUCUCCCUUCCCUCCGCUUUGCUCCGGCCGGGGCUGUAAAUAGUGUACAUAGCACAGGACAUAUGUAUUUUUAAAAGUGGUCAUAUUUAUGUGAAAAGAAACCAGACAAAGUCUAUACAACAGAGAAAGAAAGAUUAUAAUGUACCGAGGAAUGUUUUCUUGCGAGGGGAUUGGGGGGGGGGGGGCUAGUAGGUGUCUGCUGCCCAGGUCUGGGGAUGGUGGUGGUGGUGGUGGUGCAGAACUGGGCCUGACCCUUGCAAGCCGGGCAGAGACCCGUCUUGGCGCUGGUGCAGAAGGAGAAUGGCUGCAAACCGGCGUACCCCUGUCCUGUCCCGUCCCCGUCUGCACGCACCCCUUCCCCUGCUUUACUCCUGUCCUUCCUCCUCUCUCUGCUCCUCCUCCUCCGGGUUCUUCUUUAUCAGGGAAAAAGGGCCAGAACCGCCUGAUCCGGUUGUGCAGCAGAUCUGAGCUUCCACUACAAAGUGCGGCCUGCUAAGCCUCAAACUCUCCUCCUCCUCACCCCAUCCUUCCCCGCAUCCAAUGCAACUCCAGUCCAACCCUUUGGCUCCUUCCUCUAUGGCAGGCAUGGGCAAACUUUGGCCCUCCAGGUGUUUUGGACUUCCAACUCCUACAAUUCCGAACAGCCAAUAGUGUCAGAUUCUGGAAGCUCUUGAAAUGAAAGGCAAGCUCACGAAGAUCAAUCACUGGAAACAAACCGUUUAUUCCAUCUUUCCACAGAUCUAAAAAAGAUAGUUCUAAAGUUUUCCCACUCUAACCUCCUGUAUAGAUCAGCCCCAACUCCCAUCCACCUCUUAGUGGGCAAACACUGUGCCCACAGUCUGUUAAGUGUAGUUUCAGUUUCCCUCACAAAACAAAGGUCUUAUUUACACUACCUUCCCCAACUGGUCCCAACCUCCCCACCUCCUUGUUUAGGUCAGAGAACCGAAGCAGUCAGUCCCAGGCUGCUACAACGAUCCUGACAGGUAGGAAUAGUCCAAAACACCUGGAAGGGGCAAGGUUGCCCGUGCCUGCUCCAAGGCCUGCUUGGCCCUCAUGGCCAUACAUAUCCCAGGGAAGAGCAAGAGGAUGCCUGGCAGGAAGGGCUCUUCUCCCGCUUCCUCAAGAGCAGGCAGAACGCACCCGUUGUUCCCAUGGGUUCGUGUCCACAUGCGCUCAUGCGUGGACACAGGGCCUUCCGCCCACUCCCCCAAAGACCCCUCUUCCUUCCCUCUUCCCGAAGGGCCCCUCUGCCUUCGUGUCCCAAAUGCAGGGGUGCCUCACUCAUUCCCUGGACUGGUCAAAGGCUGACCCUUCUCUGGCCCGUCCAGUUGGGAGGUGCCCCCUCUUCUCCCAUCAGCCUUUCCCUUGGGAGAGGGCCAUGUUUAGCAGGUGGCACUGCAUGCUAGUUUACACCCCCGUUCUGAGCCCCGCACCCACUCCACUCCACCCCACCCCACCCUCUGUAAGCACACUGGCUGCUCUCCUCUGGGCCCCCUUCCUUCCCCUGCUUCGCACCUGGGGACCCCCGAGCCUCCCCUCAAGGGAAAGCAGGGCCCGCACCUAUGCAGGGAGAAGGGGUGCAGAACCAGCCCCUUCCCUGGCUCACAAACAGCAAAAAAAACAUUGGGACGGGGGCAAGCCGUUGGGGAGAGACCCUUGCUGCGCUGUGGGGCCCAUGCGCCCCCAGUCAUGGAGAUGGGGGCUGGGUAUUGAUGGACCACACUGUGCUCCUCCUCCAUUUUGGUAUUGGGGCCCAGCAAGGGAAGGGCCCAGAGGCCCACGUUUGCGUUGGUUGGAAAGACAACUCUCCCACCCUCCUUCCUUCUCCGCUCCCUCCCUUUUCUUUCUGUGCUCCACGUGCAAUCUCUUUGUUCUGAAUGUCAAUCACCCGUUGGCUCACCCAGUUAACCACCUUUAUAACCGGUCACCACCGUAGCUGACCCGUCUCCCGCCCAUCCAUCCAUCCAAGUGACUUUGAUUCAAGUGCAAUACUUCGAUAGCUAUCUCUCUCUCGUGAGCUUGUCCAUAGGCUUUCUGUUCUAGGGAAUACUAUUCUUCUUAUUAUUCUUAUUACGUGUGCAAAGCAACGCCAAUACGUUUCCUCCUGUAAAUAAACCGGGUUGCACAUCCAAAGGAACGCGCAUCCAGCUUGCCUUUACUUUGUGUGAGUGUUUCCGUGGCCUGCCUCCCGGGCUGCCUGGGUACUGACCCCCCCUCGGCCCCUUGCCCUCUGCCCCACGCUGUUCUCUGUGCCCAUAGAUAUAUCUCCAAGGGGCCGCCCGCGGCUCCUCCUUUGAUUGCUUGUGUUGACGCUUCUACUGUAUUUUAUUUUAUUUUUUAGACUCCUGUCUGCACAAAAUGCAAUAAAAGGAUUUUAUUACACCCUUCA